UACUACCUAAUUCUUAUUCUAAUCUAAUAAGAUAACUAAAACUUUGUAUUGAUCAAAGUGCUUUAAAACCCUUAACCUAUUAAACUAAGACAAUAUAUGAAUAUAUCAAUAUUAUUAGAAUAAAAAUAAGCAUGUGUAUGUCGUAAGCCUUUCUACCACGCUUUUUAAAUGGCCCGCCUUGGAACAUCCAACAGACACACACAUCCCAUGGCGGCACCGCAUCAGCUGUGUACACUUCUGGAAUAACCAUCAAAAUUAAUAACCCACAGCAUCCGUUCCCAAACGCUCAAACAUUCCCACAAAAAUGAAACUGGCCUCGUUGUUUCUGUGCGUGUUGUGCGUGUACGUCGGUGCGUCGGAAUUAAAAAAGCCGACGAUCGUUUUCUCGAUGAUUGUGAGGAACAAGGCGCACACGUUGCCUUAUUUUCUGUCGACCAUUGAAAGACUGAAUUAUCCCAAAGAGAGGAUUUCCUUGUGGAUUCGCAGUGACCAUAACUCAGAUAGAAGCAUCGAGAUUUUAAAGGUCUGGGUGGAAUCCGUAAGGAAAAGGUACCAUUCCAUCCACACGGAGUUUGAUGAAAAUGAAACGUACUUUCCGGACGAAAGGGGGCCGGCUCAUUGGACCAAAGAACGGUUUACUCACGUCAUCAAUCUGAAGGAAGCCGCGUUAAAUUUUGCCAGAAGAAAAUGGGCCGACUAUUUAUUGAGCAUUGACAGUGAUGUAUUUCUCACCAACGAGGAUACCUUAAACUAUCUAAUAAGCAAGAACUUCACAAUAGCAGCUCCAAUGUUAAAGUCUGACGGUCUGUACUCAAAUUUUUGGUAUGGGAUGACCGAAGACUAUUACUACCUAAGAACUGAUCAAUACAAACCUGUAGUCUAUAGGAAAACUCAAGGCUGUUUUAACGUACCAAUGGUACACUCAUGUGUUCUGAUAGAUUUAAGACGACAAGAAUCAGAUUAUCUCACCUACAGACCAGACAAUUUAAAAGACUUCGAAGGUCCAACGGAUGAUAUCAUAACUUUCGCCAUUGGCGCCAAUUCAAGCAACAUUAGUUUACACAUUUGUAACGAGCAAAACUUCGGCUUCAUCACUGUGCCCUUAGAACAAGACGACCCCUUGUCCAGUGACUACGAAAACUUAAAAAACAUUAAAGUCGAAGUCCUGUCCGAGGAGGAACCCCUUCCUCUGCACGACCUUUUGAAACCAUACACCAGCUUGCCGGACAAAGACAAGCUGGAUUUCGACGAAAUAUUUAUGAUCAAUCUCAAGAGGCGACCCGAAAGGAGGAGGAGGAUGCUGAACGUCUUCGACGAAUUAGGUAUUAAUGCCACCAUUCUGGAUGCCGUCGAUGGCAAAUCAUUAGACGAUGACGAGCUUCAGAAAAUUACGUUCCUGCCCAAUUAUGCAGAUCCGUAUCACAAGAGACCGAUGACAAAGGGCGAAAUAGGCUGCUUCCUGAGCCACUUCCACAUUUGGAAAGAGAUCAUCGACAAAGGUUACGAAACAACGCUCGUGCUGGAGGACGACAUCCGUUUCGAGCCGUUCUUUCGGGCCCGCGUGAAAAGUGUAAUGGAGGAACUGGCGAAAAUUCCUGACUGGGACCUGGUAUACUUCGGCCGAAAGCGCCUGCAAGAAGCCGACGAGCCUUGGGUGGAGGGCAGUAAUUUACUGGUUCACGCCGGCUACUCCUAUUGGACCCUGGGGUACGUGCUCAGCCAGAAAGGGGCCCAGAAGCUGCUAAACGCCGAUCCAUUAUCACGACUGGUGCCUGUUGACGAAUACUUACCGAUACUGUUCGAUAAACACCCGCAGGACGCCUGGAAGGUUCACUUUCCACGCCGUGAUCUGGUCGCUUUUUCGGCGGCGCCUCUCCUGCUUUAUCCCACGCAUUACACGGGCGACGAGGGAUACAUUAGCGAUACCGAGGACUCGGUUAUCGUCAACGAGGUCAAAUCCACACCCAGAGAUGAUCUUUAACAUCGAUGGACUUACGGAUGUUUUAUGAAUAAGCCAGAAACUAAACCGGAUUAAAGACAAUCAUUUAUUUGUAAUCUAAUAAAAUAGUACAAAAUGUACUUACUGUAUUAUCUUCUAUUUAGUAUUUUGCAUGACAAUUUAUUAACGUAAGAUCAUCAAGUUCCUUAGAAGUGUGUGUAAAUUAAUUAAUUGAUUGUUAAAACUAAAUCAUAAUAGUGUAGUGUACAAUUUAGAAUGUGAUUUUAAUGUGGCCAUUUAUUUGCUUUAAGAAGUGCCUUAUUUAAACCAUAAUUAUAUUUUUACUAGAGUAUUUAUAUAAAUAAAAAA